UAGCGGAUCGGUACCCGUACAAAUUAGCGUCUGGAACGAGGAUUGAAAUCGAAAGGACGAUCCUAACUUUAGUGUUAUUACUGUGAGUUCAGUUACUUGCGACCAUGAUGCAGAAAAAACCGCAACAUUUUGCGCAUGAUCCUAUGAUAAUACCGCGCGUUAAGCAGUAUUUGGAAGAGAAUGUACACCAAACGUAUGUGGACGUUGGUGUGAUGGCACGCGAGCUCCAGCAACGCUACCGGGAGUACUACCGUCGUAAAGCCGGUGUUUUCCGUACGUUGGUGGAACAAGCGUACCGCACGGUGCUCCAUAGCUACGGGCUGGACAGUAAUCCGUCGUCGGACAACGACGACGAAGCGUUGUCGGAUGUGGAAGUGAUGGAUGAAACGAUGGCCAACAGCCGGGCCCAGAUGAACGAUACGCUCACGAAUCUGUACAUGAACAAUCGCAACCGUCCACCGGCGUCGCAGGUGAUGGGCGCGGUUGCGGACCAGUCGACGGCCGGUGGCGGAGGCGGCGGCGGUGGCGGCCAGGUAGCGAUCGACAUCAGUAGCGACGAGGAGGACGGCGGGCAGCAGGCGCCGGAUGGUUCCCGUUCGGGAGGUGAAAAAUCAAACUUUGUUCAAACAUUCGUCACAUCCAACAAGCAUGUAACGGUAACGAAGGUUACACGCACCAAUAACACACGGGAUGAUGAAUCGAGCAACGGUAGUGCGUCCGGCCCGGAAGGUAGUGGUGACAAGGACCCACCGGUACCGAAACGUCGACGAGUGGAAGAAACGGGGCUAACGAUGGCACAACAUUUGCGGAACACACUGAAGGUCAACAAGGACAACAACUCCACCGCCGAUUCCGCGGCGAGUCGCCCGAACAAACCAAACAAGUCGGGAACAAACCAGAACGGUACCGGAGCAGGACAGCAGCGUAUGGCGAAAAAGUACCGCAAGGAAAUUGUCCCGCGUGUAGUGACCACCACGUUCGAAGACAUUGGAGGGAUGGAUCGUAUUCUGAAGGAUCUGUGCGAGUUGCUGUUGCACGUGAAGCACCCGGAAAUCUAUCGCCACAUUGGGUUGCCACCGCCGAGAGGAUUUUUGCUCCACGGCCCACCGGGUUCGGGCAAAACGUUGCUUGCACAGGCCAUCGCUGGGCAAUUAAAAAUUGAAAUGAUUGAAAUCCCGGCCACGGAACUGAUCGGUGGUAUUUCGGGCGAGUCGGAAGAAAGGAUACGGGAGGUGUUCGAGCAGGCGGCUGCGAACGCACCGUGCGUACUGUUCAUCGACGAAAUUGAUGCCAUCUCAUCCAACCGCAUCAACGCGCAGAAGGACAUGGAACGGCGCAUCGUUGCCCAGCUGCUAAGCAGCCUGGACAAUCUUGGUAAGAUUGAAGGUGGCGAAGGGGUGAUUGUGAUCGGCGCUACCAAUCGGGCCGACUCCCUUGAUCCGGCCCUCCGGCGUGUCGGUCGGUUCGAUCAGGAAAUAUCGCUCGGUAUACCGGAUCGGACGGCGCGCUUGCAGAUACUGAAGAUCAUCUGCCGGAAGCUGAAAAUUGCCGACUCGAUCGAUUAUGGCGAGCUGGCCAAGCUGACACCGGGCUACGUGGGUGCGGAUCUGCUCGCGUUGGCCACCAGAGCGGCCAACACCGCCAUCAAACGUCUUUUUACGCAAAAGAAGCAGAAGCUACUGGAAGCGAAUGAACUACAAGACGACACCUCGGACGAUGUAGUGGCCAUAGAUGAUGAGGUCGACGAAGUGGUAAACCUUGACGAUGACAAAGAUGAAGAAAUUGCAACGGAAAAUGAGACGGAACAGUUGAACGGCGAGAAGGAUUCACCCGUUAAAGCUGCUGAAAUGGACACCGAGCCGCCGGCGACCGUCAAUCAACCGGAGGAAAGUAAUAAAAAGGUAACUGACCAAGACGUCUCUACAGCACCGGUCAGUGAACCGGUUUCCAGCACCGACGAGCAGAAGGAAACAACCAACACAAACACCGAGGAAGUGAAGGAAAAGGCCGUACCAACAUCGACCGAGGAAGUAGCACCUUCCGCUGGAGGAGAGGCAGAAAAAAUGGAUGUUGAUGGGCAACCAACGAGCAAGGACGAACCGGUGAAGUCGGUGAAGGAACCUGUUGAAGCAGAUACAAAGAAGGAUGCCGAGGUGGAUAAACCUGAAAACAAAUCCACCAAUGGUCCAAUGGCGGAGGAAGAAAAGCAGACAAAGGAGAGUGAAAAGGAAACGACAGAGACGCAGGUGACAAACACAGUGAGCGAGGAAAAGGGGGAGGAAGCUGCAAUGGAAGUGGACAACCCGCAGCUGACAUCGGUGGUACCUCCGAAGGAACCCGUCGUAUCUACGAAGGAACCCGUCGUACCUACGAAGGAUCUCAUCGUAAAGGAGGAAACCACACUCGAGCAGAUGAUGGAGAUGUUGUUGAACCAACAGAACGCCCUACCGACGGACGAGCUGGAAGGUUUGUGCAUCGAGCGGGAAGAUUUCAUGGAAUCGCUCCGAACCGUGCAGCCAUCGGCGAAGCGGGAAGGAUUCAUCACCGUACCGGACGUGACCUGGAACGAUAUCGGUUCGCUGGGCGAUAUCCGGGAGGAGCUGAAGCUGGCCAUUCUCGCGCCGGUCAAGUUCCCCCAGCGGCUGAAGAUGCUCGGCCUGAACGCACCGUCCGGGGUGUUACUCUGCGGUCCACCGGGUUGCGGUAAAACGUUGCUUGCCAAAGCGGUCGCUAACGAGGCGGGCAUAAAUUUCAUCUCCGUUAAAGGCCCCGAGCUGUUGAACAUGUACGUCGGAGAAUCGGAACGCGCCGUAAGACAGUGUUUCCAGCGAGCGCGCAAUUCCGCCCCGUGCGUUAUCUUCUUCGACGAGUUCGACUCCCUCUGCCCGAAGCGGUCCGAUACGGCCGAGGGAAGCGCCGGUACGCGUGUCGUCAACCAGCUGCUCACCGAGAUGGACGGUAUCGAGGAGCGUAAGGGGGUGUUUCUUAUGGCCGCAACCAACCGGCCGGACAUUGUCGACCCGGCCGUACUGCGCCCCGGGCGAUUGGAUAAGAUUCUCUACGUCGGGCUCCCCGCUUUGACCGAUCGGGUCGACAUACUGCGAGCGCUGACGAAAAACCGAACCCAACCACCGCUGGCCGCGGACGUGGAGUUCGAGAAGGUGGCCGAGCUUACCGAGGGCUACACCGGAGCCGAUCUGGCCGGGCUCGUGCGGCAAGCGUCGCUACAAACGCUCAAAGAUUCGAUCGUUGCGUGCGGUCAGGAGGAAACGACGACGGACGACGGUGGUGAGCAGGCGGAAAUGUCCCUCACCGUCACCCUGGCACACUUUCUCGAGGCGAUACGAAACAUUAAACCAUCUGUCGGUACUGAGGACAAAAAACAUUACGAAAAACUACGCCUCAAGUACGGAACCAGCGCCACGUGUUAGAGCUCGAUCGUGGGAUUUAUUUCUAAGAGGCGGAAAAUUACAAUUUUUCGUACACUA